AUGGAUCUCUCCCGGCAGGAGUAUCCAGCGCUGCUGGCCUCUUUGCAGCCUGGCCAAGCCACCACCGUACUCGCUGAUCGCGUUCGCCUGAUUAACAAGAUCAAUACGGACAUCGCGGAUUGGCUCCAAGAACGCCGCCGCGUCGAAGAAGCGUACGCUCAAGGGCUUCGAAAACUGGCCCAUCGACCGCAAUUGGACAACGGAGCCGCCCUAGGGAUUUUCCAGUUACCAUGGCAGCGCAUUAAAAUUGAUGAGGAUGUAGAACGCCCCUUAAGAGAGUUCAGCACCAAAAAUCGCGAAUUGGCUUCUAUGCCUGGUACUCAGACCAGUCUCGUAAAUCUAGCAAAGAACCUCGAAGCAUCCCAGAAGAAGGUGGAAAAGGCCAAAGAAAAAGGCCCAAAGGGUGCGGAUAGGCUAGCUAGUGCUAUAUUUGCUGCCGAGGAAAUAAAUCAGCAAUGGGACUCUAGGGCACCGUUUGUCUUCGAACAGCUUCAGGCUGCGGAUGAGAGUCGACUCAACCACCUUCGAGAUGUGUUGACUCAAUUGGAAACCCAUGAGUCGGACCAGAUUGAGCGCUGUCGCCAGGCUGCAGAGAGCUGUCUGAAUGUGCUUCUGAAUGUCGAAACUGCGGAUGAGAUCAAAACCUUUGCUGCAAAGAUUAAUGGGGGACGCCCGCUUCCCCCGUCUCGACAACACACCUCACCUCCCCCAGCUACACCUCUCGCCCCUCCCCCCCAUAUUCAAGAUGAUAAUGCCAGCCAGCGUUCGGAAAAUUCAGGUCGCAUGAGGUCGCCUCCAGCUCCUGAACCUCGAUACAACACGCCACUCGGUGGGCUCAAGCGACUAGGGACAGUGAUGAAUAGAAGAAAGAGUAUUGUGCAUUCUUCUGGCGGGCCCUUUUCAGAAAAGAAGUAUCGCAGUCCCUUCUCGUUUAAGAGGGGAGAUUCCCGCGAGAUGCAAAUUCCAGAAGACGAGCCAGAGAGAAUAGAACGUCCGGGUACGGGCCUCACUUCGCAAGACAGCUAUACUGAGUCCACACGUCGUCCAAGCGAGGCUACUGAACAUGAGGAGCCUAGUCGAGCAGCGGCGUCUCCAACGCCUCAAUCGAUAUCAGCUCAGGAUAUUUCUGUCGUGACUGCGCCCGCAGACACGAGCACACAUGAACCACAUGUGGACUCGGAAGGUUACUCUGAACGCCCACAGACUAUUGACGAGAUUACACAAGCGCAAAGAGAUGCAGCUGGACUAGAAGAGCCGAGCAUAAACCUAACAAUCCGUGACCAGCCGAUUUUUGAGGAUGAAAACCAGGCUAAGCAGGCGAUGGAUGAUAUGGCUAAUCAACUAAGAAUGCAAGCCCAGCAAGUGGGUGGGAUGAGGCGAAAUACAGGAACCAUACGCGGACGCCGUGAUGUCCGCAAUACUGUUUUCAUUCCGAAUAUCCCGACUCAGGGUAAUGAGAUUCCAGGUCUCACUAUGCCACACGAUAGCUUCCAAGCCACCUCUCCAACUUUUGCCGCAAAGCACGCAACUUCACCUAGUUCUGCUACGGAUGAACACACUUUGUCAGAUGCAACCUCGAUUCGUUCAUCACAUACGCUACAUAGCAUUUCAGGACCAGUUUCUCACCCCGAACUACAUGAACCCGGCUUAAACGCCUCGAUCAUAGAAACGGUCAAUGCAUGGUUCACUGAAGGCACAGUUACAAAAUCUUUCGUUGUUGGAGAGCUUGCCCUCGCAUAUAAUGGAACAUCUGAGCUUCCCAAGGAGAGCAUUCGAGUUCGUCUCGAUAACUUUCAGGUACUGGAAAAGGUUGCCGCGAAUCCACAUUUCGUAACGGAAUUCAAAGACCAAAACCAGUCAGAGGACAAGAGCGGCGAAUAUGAUGUCGUUAUAUCUAGCCUUGCACGGCCCUCGCCAAGUGUGGCAUUCAAGUAUCAGCUCCAUAUCAAUCCUGAAGAUACUUCGGCUUUCUGUCCGGUCAUCUUCAAACCAGCCUGGAAUCUUGAAGAGUUCCAGGCUAGUGUAAUCAUUUUUUACUCUUUGAAUCCCUCAUAUGCUUCUUCUGUCUCAAAAGACUCGAUCAUGUUGACGAAUUUGGUCCUGACGGUUAAUUUGGAUACAUCUCCUCAAGAGGACAGAGAGGUAGCUCAUGCAACCAGCGCCGUGAUGUAUCCCAAUACAGGGGCAUCGUUUCGCCGCAAACAGUCCGCAGUUAUUUGGAAGAUUCCCGAGUUCGAAGUGACCAAUGGAUCCGACGGAAAGCUUCUGGUUCGCUUCUCUACAGCAAACAGCUGGCCGCAAAAAGGAAAGGUUGAAGCUAAAUUCGACGUUCGGACAUCAGAUGCUGGAUCUCGACUUGGAAUCAGCGCUGCUCCCAUGCAAGCAGGCUCCGAUCCAUUCGCCGACAAUAGCAGCAGUCCAUCUUCGUGGAAGGAACUCCCAACAAUACGCAAGUUAGCUGUUGGGAAGUACGUAUCUUCCUAA